AUGUGGAGGGAGAUCCUGACGGGGCCGGAGAUCGAAUGGAUUCCUGGAACAAACAGGUUCAAUGAUACAUAUUGUCAUCAAUCGUCAAAAAGGAUAGGGAGUCAAGCAUCGACGAAAAGGGCUCAAAGGGGAAAAGUCCACAGAAGCGUGAGAAGAGGGAACCGAUGCAGUCGGCACGUAACACUCUAUCUCUCUCAGGAGCUUUUUCUAGCCAAACGGACUUUAAAUUCGGAAUUGCGCAGGGCAGACGCCGCGGGCAUGCGUCUGGGUAGGUGGCUCGAUCUUUCCGUUCUUUCCCCAAGCUGUCUGUUUCUGCGGUCUCCCAGUUGCGCGCCAGUUGAAAUCCCUUGGGAAAGGUACAAGGAGCACGAGAGAUUAACCCUAAGAAAAAGCCAAGGGACAGGGGGAAAGGACUAA